AUGACUAACCUUCUCUGCAAGGCCAUCGAAUAUGUUUGGAUGCCUGAAGCGCACCAUCUCUUCAAACAGCUCAAGGAUGCUUUCACCUCCAUUCCUGUUCUAGCAUAUCCAGACCCUUCCAAAGCAUUCAUAAUGGAAGACGAUGUAUCCAAUCAUAAAGAGAAAAAAAUACAGUCGAAUCAAGUAGGAGAUACAUUUACUACUAGUACUCCAUCUGGAACAGUGAACUUCAUCCCGCCACUGACAACAAGCCCAGUAAUAACAUCCUUCAACCCUGCUCACAAUGGCCGCGUAUGCAGUACGUGGGGCAAUUUCCACUUCAAGACUUUUGAUGGGGACAUCUUUUACUUCCCUGGGCUCUGUAAUUACAUCUUUGCAUCCCACUGCAAUGCUGCCUAUGAGGACUUCAACAUCCAGAUCAGGCGCACUGUAGUGGAAAAUGCUCCUACAAUCAACCAUAUCACCAUGAAGCUCGAUGGGGUGGUUUUUGAAAUGGCAAAGAACUUUGUUGUUGUCAAUGGCAACAGGGUUCAGCUGCCUUACAGCCAGUCUGGAAUCAUGGCUGAGAGAAGCAGCAUGUAUAUGAAAGUGACUGCCAAAAUGGGCCUGGUUUUCAUGUGGAAUGAAGAUGACAGCAUCCUGGUGGAACUGAAUGACAAAUAUGCCAAUUAUACCUGUGGGCUUUGUGGGGACUUCAAUGGUAUUCCAACUUACAAUGAGUUCUUUUCAAACGAUGCCAAGCUGACUGCCAUGCAGUUUGGAAAUAUGCAGAAGAUGGAUGGGCCAACAGAAGUCUGUGAGGAUCCUACAUCAUCCUCCCUAAACAACUGCACGGACAAUUUUGAUGACAUUUGCCGUAAAGUAUUGACUGGCCCUGCAUUUUCAGAAUGUAAUGCUCUAGUUGAGGUUAGCGAGUACAUUAAGUCUUGUGAACACGACUUGUGCCGCUGUGACCAGUCUAAGAAUGCCUUCUGUAUUUGUAACACCUUUGGUGAAUACUCCCGGCAAUGUGCUCAUGCCAAUGGACAACCUCUGAACUGGAGAACCCCAGAACUGUGUCCCAAGAAGUGUCCUUUCAAUAUGCAGUACCAGGAAUGUGGAUCCCCCUGCACUGACACCUGCACCAACCCUGAAAGAUCUCAAGUCUGUGAAGAUCACUGUAUGGAUGGCUGUUUCUGUCCUCCAGGAACUGUGCUUGAUGACAUUAACAAUGCUGGCUGCAUCCCCAUUCAGGAGUGCUCCUGUACUUACAAUGGCAACUCUUACGCUCCAGGGACAUCUUUUGGAGCCCAUUGCCAUUCCUGUACCUGCAAUGGAGGUCAGUGGAAUUGCGAAGACAUUCCGUGCCCUGGAUCUUGUACAGUAGAGGGAGGUUCACACAUCUCCACAUAUGAUGAAAAACGUUACAAUGUCCAUGGAGCCUGCACUUAUGUUUUGUCUAAGCUCUGUGAAAAUGACACAUUCGCUGUUCUGGGAGAACUCCGCAGCUGUGGCUUGACAGACACUGAGACAUGCUUAAAAACAAUAGCCCUCAGCGUUAAUGGGGGACAAACUAUCAUUGUGAUCAAGUCUGGAGGUGGUGUGUUUGUGAAUUGGAUCUACACUCAGUUGCCCUUCUCAGCAGCUAAUGUCACCAUUUUCAGACCCUCAUCCUUCUUCAUCAUGGUGGGGACGAACUUUGGACUCCAGCUGGAGAUCCAGCUUGUACCUGUCAUGCAAGUGUUUGUGCGACUGGAUCCAUCUUUCAAAGGGCAGACCUGUGGUCUCUGUGGAAACUUCAACAAUGUUGAGGCUGAUGACUUCAAAGCCAUAAGUGGUGUAGUGGAAGGAACGGCAGCUGCAUUUGCUAAUACCUGGAAAACACAAGCUUCGUGCCCUAACAUCAAAAACAACUUUGAGAAUCCUUGUGCCCUCAGCGUAGAAAAUGAAAAGUAUGCUCAACACUGGUGUGGAUUGCUGACGGACAGCACAGGACCUUUUGCCAAUUGCCACUCCACAGUGAAUCCAGCUGUUUACCACACGAACUGUCUGUUUGACACCUGUAACUGUGAAAAGAGUGAGGAUUGUAUGUGUGCUGCCCUCUCUUCCUAUGUGAGAGCUUGUGCUGCCAAAGGUGUCCAGCUGGAUGGAUGGAGGACUGAUGUCUGUUCCAAAUACAAAACCUUGUGUCCCAAAUCCUUGACCUACCGCUAUGACAUCAGUUCCUGUCAACCCACUUGCCGGUCUCUGAGUGAGCCCGAUGUCACAUGUAACAUCAGGUUCAUUCCAGUUGAUGGUUGCUCCUGUGAAAAAGGAACCUACAUGGAUGAAUAUGGCAAAUGUGUGUCUGCUAGCAAAUGUCCUUGUUAUUACAAAGGAUCUCCCAUUCCCUCUGGGGAAGUUGUUCAUGAAGAUGGUCUUGUAUGUACUUGUGCACAGGGUAAACUGAGCUGCAUUGGAGCUGUGAACCAAAUGCCAGUUUGUGCUCCUCCCAUGGUCUACUUUGACUGCAGAAAUGUCACUGCAGGCACUACUGGAGCUGAAUGUCAGAAGAGCUGCCAGACUCUUGACAUGCAGUGUUACAGCACACAGUGUAUGUCUGGCUGCAUGUGCCCCUCUGGGCUAGUGUCAGAUGGUAAAGGCAGCUGUAUUGCUGAAGAGGAAUGUCCAUGUAUUCACAAUGAGGCUACCUACAAACCAGGGGAAGAGAUCAAAGUUGACUGCAACACCUGCGUGUGUAAGAACAGGAUGUGGAAAUGCACCAGUGAACAAUGCCUGGGUACGUGCGCUAUUUAUGGAGAUGGGCAUUACAUUACAUUUGACGACAAACGGUUUAGCUUCAAUGGAGAUUGUGAAUACACAUUAGUCCAGAACCACUGUGGGAAAAACAGCACAGUCAAUGGAACCUUCCGAGUUGUCACUGAAAACAUCCCCUGUGGCUCCACUGGGACUACCUGCUCUAAGUCUAUUAAAGUCUUCCUUUUGGGCUAUGAGUUGAUACUCAGUGAGGAACACCUUGAAGUGGUAGAAAGAGAAAAUGGAAGGCAAAUGCCAUACCAAGUCCGCUAUAUGGGCAUGUACUUAGUUAUUGAGACCAACAAUGGACUGAUCCUCAUGUGGGAUAAGAAAACCAGCAUCUUCAUCAAACUCAGCCCUGAUUUCAAGGGUCAGGUCUGUGGCCUGUGCGGGAACUAUGAUGGCAAUGGCAUUAAUGACUUUACCACCAGAAGUCAGUCUGUGGUAGGAGAUGUGCUGGAGUUUGGAAACAGCUGGAAAGUGUCUCUUACUUGUCCUGAUGCCAACUAUGCAAAGGACCCGUGCUCUACCAACCCUUAUAGGAAGUCCUGGUCACAGAGGCAGUGCAGCAUUAUCAACAGUGAAGUCUUUGCUGCGUGUCACUCUCAGGUUGAACCAACUAAAUAUUAUGAAGCAUGUGUGACUGAUGCUUGUGCUUGUGACAGUGGGGGAGACUGUGAAUGUUUCUGUACAGCAGUAGCUGCAUAUGCUCAAGCAUGUAGUGAAUUUGGUGUCUGUGUAGCCUGGAGAACUCCAUCAAUCUGUCCUAUGUUCUGUGAUUAUUACAACCCAGAAGGGGGAUGCGAGUGGCACUACAAGCCUUGUGGAGCCCCCUGCAUGAAGACCUGUAGGAAUCCAAGUGGAAGAUGCCUUCAUAAGUUACCAGGUUUAGAAGGCUGCUAUCCAAACUGUCCAGCAAACAAGCCAUAUUUCAAUGAGGAUGAGAUGACAUGUGUUGAUAACUGUGGUUGUUAUGAUGCUGAAGGAAACUACCACAAACCAGGAGUGAGCUUCUACUCACGGGACAACUGUCAGCUGUGUACAUGCACAAUGGAAGGCUUAGAGUGCAAGUUUGAUGCUGAAGCAUGUUAUUGCUAUUAUGAAGAACACAAAUAUAAAUAUAAGGAUGUCAUUUAUAACACCACAGAUGGGAUUGGAGGGUGUUUGAGUGCAACUUGUGACAUCAAUGGAACAAUAACCAGAAAAUUCUUUGAAUGCAGUGGAAUUACAACUAUCACCCCAUUCACAUUUAGUACAGUUCUACCUACGAGAACAACAACUACACCAUCAGUUACAACAGUGUGUGUUCACAAAGUGUGCGAUUGGUCAGAAUGGUAUGAUAGCAACAAUCCAACACAAGGCUCCAACAAUGGAGAUUCGGAAACAUUUGAAAAUCUAAGAGCUACAGGACAUAGUGUUUGCAAAACUCCAAGCGCUGUGGAAUGCAGAGCACAACAAUACCCUGGCACACCACUAAAAGACCUGAACCAAAAUGUAACAUGUAGCAAAGACAUUGGAUUCAUAUGUAAUAAUGACGAUCAGAUUUCAACAAUCUGCUACAACUAUGAGAUCAAAAUAUUAUGUUGUACUUAUGUACCAUGUGAGUCUACACCAUCUACACCAUCAGGCACAACGAGUGCACACCCAACCGUAACAGCUACCUCACUUGAGUCAAAAACAGUUUCAAAUCCAACUACUUCCAUAAGUUCAGAAGGGCCGAUUCCAUUCCCACUUCCCACCACACUUAUACGCCCAGUUUCCACUACUGUAUCAGUCACCACCACUGCUUCUCCUUCAACUCCAGGCACAGCAACAGUCUCUACUGGUACACCACCAAUGCAAACAGACACAGUCCCACCUGUGACAGGAAUGCGUCCACAACCUUCACCGGGUUCCACCCUUCCUCCUUCGGCACAAACCACCACUGAAGGCACCACAUUCCUCUCUACACAGCCAACAUCACAGGGAAGCACCACCGACCUACGACUCCCAGUUUCCACGACUGUAUCAGUCACCACCACUGCUUCUCCUCCAACUCCAGGCCCACAAACAAGCUCAACUGGUACACCACCGCUGCAAACAGGCACAAUACCACCUGUGACAGGCACGCGUGCACAAACUUCACCGGGCUCCACCUUUCCUCCUUCAGGACAAACAACUACUGAAGGCACCACACUCCUCUCUACACAGCCAACAUCACAGAGAAGCAUGAGCACACUUUUACCCCCAGUUUCCACUACAGUAUCAGUCACCUCCACUGCUUCUCCUCCAACUCCUGGCACAGAAACAGGCCCAGCUAGUACACCACCACUGCAAACAAGCGCAUUCCCACCUCUGACAGGCACGCGUCAAAAAUCUUCACCGAGUUCCACCCUUCCUCCUUCGGGACAAACAACCACUGAAGGCACCACACUCCUCUCUACACAGCCAACAUCACAGGGACGCACCACCAAGCAGCUACCACCAGUUAAAACUACCAUAUCAGACACCUCCACUGCUUCUCCUCCAACUCCAGGCACAGCAACAAGCUCAACUGGUAAACCACCACUGCAAACAGGCACAAUCCAACCUGUGACAGGCACGCGUCCACAACCUUCACUGGGGUCCACCCUUCCUCCUUCGGGACGAACAACUACUGAAAGCACCACACUCCGUUCUACACAGCCAACAUCGCAGGGAAGCACCACCACACUUCUACCCCCAGUUUCAACUACCAUAUCAGUCACCUCCACUGCUUCUCCUCCAACUCCAGGCACAGCAAAAGGCCCAGCUGGUACACCACCACUGCAAACAGGCACAUUCCCACCUCUGACAGGCACGGGUCCACAACCUUCACUGAGUUCCACCCUUCCUCCUUUGGAACGAACAACCACUGAAGGCACCACACUCCUCUCUACACAGCCAACAUUACAGGGAAGCAUGAGCACACUUUUACCCCCAGUUUCCACUACAGUAUCAGUCCCCUCCACUGCUUCCCCUCCAACUCCUGGCACAGAAACAGGCCCAGCUGGUACACAACCACUGCAAACAAGCACAUUCUCACCUCUCACAGGCACGCGUCCAAAAUCUUCACCGGGUUCCACCCUUCCUCCUUUGGAUCGAACAACCACUGAAGGCACCACACUCAUCUCUACACAGCCAACGUCACAGGGAAGCACCACCACACUUCUACCCCCAGUUUCCACGACCGUAUCUGUCACCUCCACUGCUUCUCUCUCAACUCCAGGCACAGAAAAAGGCCCAGCUGGUACACCACCACUGCAAACAAGCACAUUCCCACCUCUGACAGGCACGCAUCCAAAAUCUUCACCGGGUUCCACCUUUCCUCCUUCGGGACAAACAACCACUGAAGGCACCACACUCCUCUCUACACAGCCAACAUCACAGGGACGCACCACCACACUUCUACCCCCAGUUGCAACUACCAUAUCAGUCACCACCACUGCUUCUCCUCCAACUCCAGGCCCACAAACAAGCUCAACUGGUACACCACCGCUGCAAACAGGCACAAUACCACCUGUGACAGGCACGCGUGCACAAACUUCACCGGGCUCCACCUUUCCUCCUUCAGGACAAACAACUACUGAAGGCACCACACUCCUCUCUACACAGCCAACAUCACAGAGAAGCAUGAGCACACUUUUACCCCCAGUUUCCACUACAGUAUCAGUCACCUCCACUGCUUCUCCUCCAACUCCUGGCACAGAAACAGGCCCAGCUAGUACACCACCACUGCAAACAAGCGCAUUCCCACCUCUGACAGGCACGCGUCAAAAAUCUUCACCGAGUUCCACCCUUCCUCCUUCGGGACAAACAACCACUGAAGGCACCACACUCCUCUCUACACAGCCAACAUCACAGGGACGCACCACCAAGCAGCUACCACCAGUUAAAACUACCAUAUCAGACACCUCCACGGCUUCUCCUCCAACUCCAGGCACAGCAACAAGCUCAACUGGUAAACCACCACUGCAAACAGGCACAAUCCAACCUGUGACAGGCACGCGUCCACAACCUUCACUGGGGUCCACCCUUCCUCCUUCGGGACGAACAACUACUGAAAGCACCACACUCCGUUCUACACAGCCAACAUCGCAGGGAAGCACCACCACACUUCUACCCCCAGUUUCAACUACCAUAUCAGUCACCUCCACUGCUUCUCCUCCAACUCCAGGCACAGCAAAAGGCCCAGCUGGUACACCACCACUGCAAACAGGCACAUUCCCACCUCUGACAGGCACGGGUCCACAACCUUCACUGAGUUCCACCCUUCCUCCUUUGGAACGAACAACCACUGAAGGCACCACACUCCUCUCUACACAGCCAACAUUACAGGGAAGCAUGAGCACACUUUUACCCCCAGUUUCCACUACAGUAUCAGUCCCCUCCACUGCUUCCCCUCCAACUCCUGGCACAGAAACAGGCCCAGCUGGUACACAACCACUGCAAACAAGCACAUUCUCACCUCUCACAGGCACGCGUCCAAAAUCUUCACCGGGUUCCACCCUUCCUCCUUUGGAUCGAACAACCACUGAAGGCACCACACUCAUCUCUACACAGCCAACGUCACAGGGAAGCACCACCACACUUCUACCCCCAGUUUCCACGACCGUAUCUGUCACCUCCACUGCUUCUCUCUCAACUCCAGGCACAGAAAAAGGCCCAGCUGGUACACCACCACUGCAAACAAGCACAUUCCCACCUCUGACAGGCACGCAUCCAAAAUCUUCACCGGGUUCCACCUUUCCUCCUUCGGGACAAACAACCACUGAAGGCACCACACUCCUCUCUACACAGCCAACAUCACAGGGACGCACCACCACACUUCUACCCCCAGUUGCAACUACCAUAUCAGUCACCACCACUGCUUCUCCUCCAACUCCAGGCCCACAAACAAGCUCAACUGGUACACCACCGCUGCAAACAGGCACAAUACCACCUGUGACAGGCACGCGUGCACAAACUUCACCGGGCUCCACCUUUCCUCCUUCAGGACAAACAACUACUGAAGGCACCACACUCCUCUCUACACAGCCAACAUCACAGAGAAGCAUGAGCACACUUUUACCCCCAGUUUCCACUACAGUAUCAGUCACCUCCACUGCUUCUCCUCCAACUCCUGGCACAGAAACAGGCCCAGCUAGUACACCACCACUGCAAACAAGCACAGUCCCACCUCUGACAGGCACGCGUCCACAACCUUCACUGAGUUCCACCCUUCCUCCUUUGGAACGAACAACCACUGAAGGCACCACACUCAUCUCUACAGAGCCAACGUCACAGGGAAGCACCACCACACUUCUACCCCCAGUUUCCACGACCGUAUCUGUCACCUCCACUACUUCUCUUUCAACUCCAGGCACAGCAACAGGCCCAGCUGGUACACCACCACUGCAAACAAGCACAGUCCCACCUCUGACAGGCACGCGUCCACAACCUUCACUUGGUUCCACCCUUCCUCCUUCGCGACGAAUAACCACUGAAGGCACCACACUCCGUUCUACACAGCCAACAUCACAGGGAAGCACCACCACACUUCUACUCCCAGUUUCAACUUCCAUAUCAGUCACCUCCACUGCUUCUCCUCCAACUCCAGGCAAAACAACAGGCCCCGCUGGUACACCACCACUGCAAACAAGCACAUUCCCACCUCUGACAGGCACACCUCCACAACCUUCAAUGAGUUCUACCAUUCUUCCUUCGGCACGAACAACCACUGAGGGCACCACACUCCUCUCUAUGCACCCAACAUCGCAGGGAAGCACCACCACGCUUCUACCCCCAAUUUCCACUACACUAUCAGUCACCUCCACUGCUUCUCCUCCAACUCCAGGCACAGCAACAGGCUCAACUGGUACACCACCAACACAGCAAACAGGCACAGUCCCACCUGUAACAGGCACACGUCCAAAACCUUCACCGGGAUCCACCCUUCCUCCUUCGGGACGAACAACCACUGAAGGCACCACACUCCGCUCUACACAGCCAACAUCACAGGGACGCACGAGCACACUUCUGCUCCCUGUUUCCCCUACAGUAUCAGUCACCUCCACUGCUUCUCCUCCAACUCCAGGCACAGCAACAGGCCCAGCUGGUACACCACCACUGCAAACAAGCACAUUCCCACCUCUGACAGGCACGCGUCCACAACCUUCACUUGGUUCCACCCUUCCUCCUUCGGGACGAACAACCACUGAAGGCACCACACUCCGCUCUACACAGCCAACAUCACAGGGACGCACGAGCACACUUCUGCUCCCUGUUUCCCCUACAGUAUCAGUCACCUCCACUGCUUCUCCUCCAACUCCAGGCACAGCAACAGGCCCAGCUGGUACACCACCACUGCAAACAAGCACAUUCCCACCUCUGACAGGCACGCGUCCACAACCUUCACUUGGUUCCACCCUUCCUCCUUCGCGACGAACAACCACUGAAGGCACCACACUCCUCUCUACACAGCCAACAUCACAGGGAAGCACCACCAAGCAGCUACCACCAGUUUCCAAUACCCUAUCAGUCACCUCCACUGCUUCUCCUCCAACUUCAGGCACAGCAACAGGCUCAACUGGUACACCACCCCUGCAAACAAGCACAGUCCCACCUGUGACACGCACACCUCCACAACCUUCACUGGGUUCCACCCUUACUCCUUUGGAACGAACAACCACUGAAGGCACCACACUCAUCUCUACACAGCCAACGUCACAGGGAAGGACCACCACGCUUCUACCCCCAGUUUCCACUACUGUAUCAGUCACCUCCACUGCUUCUCCUUCAACUCCAGGCACAGCAACAGGCCCAGCUGGUACACCACCACUGCAAACAGGCACAUUCCCACCUCUGACAGGCACACCUCCACAACCUUCACUGAGUUCUACCAUUCUUCCUUCGGCACGAACAACCACUGAGGGCACCACACUCCUCUCUAUUCACCCAACAUCGCAGGGAAGCACCACCACGCUUCUACCCCCAAUUUCCACUACACUAUCAGUCACCUCCACUGCUUCUCCUCCAACUCCAGGCACAGCAACAGGCUCAACUGGUACACCACCAACACAGCAAACAGGCACAGUCCCACCUGUAACAGGCAGGCUUCCAAAACCUUCUCCGGGUUCCACCCUUCCUCCUUCGCGACGAACAACCAGUGAAGGCACCACACUCCUCUCUACACAGCCAACAUCACAGGGAAGCACCACCACACUUCUUCCCCCAGUUUCCACUACCGUAUCAGUCACCUCCACUGCUUCUCCUCCAACUCCAGGCACAGCAACAGGCCCCACUGGUACACCACCACUGCAAACAAGCACAUUCCCACCUCUGACAGGCACACCUCCACAACCUUCACUGAGUUCCACCCUUCCUCCUUCUGGACAAACAACCACUGAAGGCACCACACUCCUCUCUACACAGCCAACAUCACAGGGACGCACGAGCACACUUCUGCUCCCUGUUUCCACUACACUAUCAGUCACCUCCACUGCUUCUCCUCCAACACCAGGCACAGCUACAGGCUCAACUGUUACACCACUGCUGCAAACAGGCACAAUCCCACCUGUGACAGGCACGCCUCCACAACCUUCACCAGGUUCCUCCCUUCCUACUUUGGGACAAACAAGCACUAAAGGAACCACACUCAUCUCUACGCAGCCAACAUCACAGGGAAGCACCAUCACACUUUUACCCCCAGUUUCCACUACCAUAUCUGUCACCUCCACUGCUUCUCCUCCAACUCCGGGCACAGCAACAGGCUCAACUGGUACACCACCCCUGCAAACAAGCACAGUCCCACCUGUGACACGCACACCUCCACAACCUUCACUGGGUUCCACCCUUACUCCUUUGGAACGAACAACCACUGAAGGCACCACACUCCAUUCUACACAGCCAACAUCACAGGGAAGCACCACCACACUUCUACCCCCAGUUUCAAGUACCGUAUCUGUCACCUCCACUGCUUCUCCUCCAACUCCAGGCACAGAAACAGGCGCAACUGGUACACCACCACUGCAAACAGGCACAAUCCCACCUGUGACAGGCACGCAUCCACAACCUUCACCAGGUUCCACCCUUCCUACUUUGGGACAAACAGCCACUAAAGGCACCACACUCAUCUCUACACAGCCAACAUCAAAGGGAAGCACCACCACACUUCUACCCCCAGUUUCCACUACCAUAUCUGUCACCUCCACUGCUUCUCCUCCAACUCCAGGCACAGCAACAGGCCCAGCUGGUACACCACCACUGCAAACAAGCACAUUCCCACCUCUGACAGGCACACGUCCAAAACCUUCACCGGGUUCCACCCUUCCUCCUUCGGGACGAACAACCACUGAAGGCACCACACUCCUCUCUAGACAGCCAACAUCACAGGGACACACGAGCACACUUCUGCUCCUUGUUUCCACUACCGUAUCAGUCACCUCCACUGCUUCUCCUCCAACUCCAGGCACAGCAACAGGCCCCGCUGGUACACCACCACUGCAAACAAGCACAGUCCCACCUCUGACAGGCACACCUCCACAACCUUCACUGCGUUCCACCCUUCCUCCUUCACGACGAACAACCACUGAAGGCACCACACUCCUCUCUACACAGCCAACAUCACAGGGAAGAACCACCACACUUCUUCCCCCAGUUUCCACUACCGUAUCAGUCACCUCCACUGCUUCUCCUCCAACUCCAGGCACAGCAACAGGCCCCGCUGGUACACCACCACUGCAAACAAGCACAUUCCCACCUCUGACAGGCACACCUCCACCACCUUUACUGAGUUCCACCCUUCCUCCUUUGGAACGAACAACCACUGAAGGCACCACACUCCUCUCUACACAGCCAACAUCACAGGGACGCACGAGCACACUUCUGCUCCCUGUUUCCACUACACUAUCAGUCACCUCCACUGCUUCUCCUCCAACUCCAGGCAAAGCUACAGGCUCAACUGUUACACCACUGCUGCAAACAGGCACAAUCCCACCUGUGACAGGCACGCCUCCACAACCUUCACCAGGUUCCUCCCUUCCUACUUUGGGACAAACAAGCACUAAAGGAACCACACUCAUCUCUACGCAACCAACAUCACAGGGAAGCACCACCACACUUCUACCCCCAAUUUCCACUACACUAUCAGUCACCUCCACUGCUUCUCCUCCAACUCCGGGCACAGCAACAGGCUCAACUGGUACACCACCACUGCAAACAGACACAAUCCCACCUGUGACAGGCACGCAUCCACAACCUUCACUGAGUUCCACCCUUCCUCCUUUGGAACGAACAACCACUGAAGGCACCACACUCCAUUCUGCACAGCCAACAUCACAGGGAAGCACCACCACACUUCUACCCCCAGUUUCAACUACCGUAUCUGUCACCUCCACUGCUUCUCCUCCAACUCCAGGCACAGAAACAGGCGCAACUGGUACACCACCACUGCAAACAGGCACAAUCCCACCUGUGACAGGCACGCAUCCACAACCUUCACCAGGUUCCACCCUUCCUACUUUGGGACAAACAGCCACUAAAGGCACCACACUCAUCUCUACACAGCCAACAUCAAAGGGAAGCACCACCACACUUCUACCCCCAGUUUCCACUACCAUAUCUGUCACCUCCACUGCUUCUCCUCCAACUCCAGGCACAGCAACAGGCCCAGCUGGUACACCACCACUGCAAACAAGCACAUUCCCACCUCUGACAGGCACACGUCCAAAACCUUCACCGGGUUCCACCCUUCCUCCUUCGGGACGAACAACCACUGAAGGCACCACACUCCUCUCUAGACAGCCAACAUCACAGGGACGCACGAGCACACUUCUGCUCCCUGUUUCCACUACCGUAUCAGUCACCUCCACUGCUUCUCCUCCAACUCCAGGCACAGCAACAGGCUCAACUGUUACACCACUGCUGCAAACAGGCACAAUCCCACCUGUGACAGGCACGCCUCCACAAUCUUUACCGGGUUCCACUCUUCCUCCUUCAGGACGAAGAACAACUGAAGGCAUCACACUCCGUUCUACACAGCCAGCAUCCGAAGAAAGCACCACCACACUUCUACCCCCAGUUUCAACUUCCAUAUCAGUCACCUCCACUACUUCUCCUCCAACUACAGGCACAGCAACAGGCCCCGCUGGUACACCACCACUGCAAACAAGCACAUUCCCACGUCUGACAGGCACGCAUCCACAACCUUCACUGAGUUCCACCCUUCCUCCUUUGGAACGAACAACCACUGAAGGCACCACACUCAUCUCUACACAGCCAACGUCACAGGGAAGCACCAGCAUGCUUCUACUCCCAGUUUCCACUACUGUAUCAGUCACCUCCACUGCUUCUCUUUCAACUCCAGGCACAGCAACAGGCCCAGCUGGUACACCACCACUGGAAACAGGCACAACCCCACCUGUGACAGGCAUGCCUCCACAACCUUCACCUGGUUCCACCCUUCCUCCUUCGGGACAAACAACCACUGAAGGCACCACACUACUGUCUACACAGCCAACAUCACAGGGACGCACGAGCACACUUCUGCCCCCAGUUUCCACUACCGUAUCAGUCACGUCCCCUGCUUCUCCAACUCCAGGCACAGCAACAGGCUCAACUGGUACACCACCACUGCAAACCAGCACAGUCCCACCUCUGACAGGCACACCUCCACAACCUUCACCGGGUUCUACCAUUCCUCCUUCGGGACGAACUACCACUGAGGGCACCACACUCCUCUCUACGCAGCCAACAUCGCAAGGAAGCACCACCACGCUUCUACCCCCAAUUUCCACUACACUAUCAGUCACCUCCACUUCUCCUCCAACUCCAGGCACAGCAACAGGCCCAGCUGGUACACCACCACUGCAAACAAGCACAUUCCCACCUCUGACAGGCACGCGUCCACAACCUUCACUGGCUUCCACCCUUCCUCCUUCAGGACGAACGACCACUGAAGCCACCACACUCCUCUCUACACAGCCAACAUCACAGGAAAGUAUGAGCACACUUUUACCCCCAGUUUCCACUACAGUAUCAGUCACCUCCACUGCUUCUCCUCCAACUCCAGGCACAGCCACAGGCCCAGCUGGUACACCACCACUGCAAACAAGCACAUUCCCACCUCUGACAGGCACGCGUCCACAACCUUCACUUGGUUCCACUCUUCCUCCUUCGCGACGAACAACCACUGAAGGCACCACACUCCUCUCUACACAGCCAACAUCACAGGGACGCACCACCACACUUCUUCCCCCAGUUUCCACUACCGUAUCACUCACCUCCACUGCUUCUCCUCCAACUCCAGGUACAGCAAUAGGCUCAUCUGGUACACCACUGCUGCAAACAAGCACAGUCCCACCUGUGACAGGCACACGUCCACAACCUUCAACAGGUUCCACCCUUUCUUCUUCAGGACGAACCACCACUAAAGGCACCACACUCCUCUCUACACAGCCAACAUCACAGGGAAGCAUAAGCACACUUUUACCCCCAGUUUCCACUACCGUGUCAGUCACCUACACUGCUUCUCCUCCAACUCCUGGGACAGCAACAAGGUCAACUGGUACUCCCACUCCAGGCACAACAGCAGGCUCAACUGGUACACCACCACUGCAAACAGGCACAAUCCCACAUGUGACAGGCACGCGAUUCAAACCUUCAACUGGUUCCAUCAUACCUCCUUCGGGACGAACAACCACUGAAGGCACCACACUCCUCUCUACACAGCCAACAUCUCAGGGAAGAACCAGCACACUUCUACCCCCACGUUCCACUACUGUAUCAGUCACCUCCACUGCUUCUCCUCCAACUCCUGGCACAGCAACAGGGUCAACUGGUACAGCACCACUGCAAACAGGCACAAUUCCACCAAUGACAGGCACGCUUCCACAACCUUCACCGGGUUCCACCAUUCCUCGUUCGGGACGAACAACCAUUGCGGGUACCACACUCCUCUCUACACAGCCAGCAUCACAGGGAAGCACCACCAUGCUUCUACCCCCAGUUUCCACUACCGUAUCAGUCACCUCCACUGCUUCUCCUCCAACUCCAGGCACAACAAGAGGCUCAACUGGUACACCACCACUGCAAACAGGCACAAUCCCACCUGUGACAGGCACACGUCCACAAACUUCACUGAGUUCCACCCUUCCUUCUUCGAGACGAACAACCACUGAAGGCACCACACUCCUCUCUACACAGCCAACAUCACAGGGACGCACCAGUACACUUCUAUCCUCAGUUUCCACUACCGUAUCAGUCACUUCCACUGCUUCUCCUUCAACUCCAGGCACAGCAACAGGCCCAGCUGGUACACCACCACUGCAAACAGGCACAUUCCCACCUCUGACAGGCACGCGUCCACAACCUUCACUGGGUUCCACCCUUCCUCCUUCGGGACGAACGACCACUGAAGGCACCACACUCCGUUCUACACAGCCAACAUCACAGGGACGCACCACCACACUUCUACCCCCAGUUUCAACUACCAUAUCAGUCACCUCCACUGCUUCUCCUCCAACUCCAGGCACAGCAAUGGCCUUAGCUGGUACAGCACCACAGCAAACAGGCACAAUCCUACCUGUGACAGGCAUACGUGGAGAAAUGACAACAGGUUCAGCAUCCACGAGUGUGGGAUCUACCAUCACAAGGAGUACAAUGCUUCUUUCCACACUCCCAGCACAGUUAACAUCACAUGAAAGCACCACCACAGUUUUAUCUCCAGUUUCCACUACUCUUGCCGUCUCCCCAACUUUAAGCAUUAUAUCCCCUGCAACAUCUACUAUUUCAAGGCUUACUUCUUCAGUAUCUGCAACAACAGUAGGCCCCAGUACAGCCUACACAGCAAGUGAAAAUAUUUCAUCUUUCACUUCGAGCCAAAUAACACCAUGUUUAUGCGAUGUGUCUGGUGAUUUCUUUUCUCCUGGUGAAGUUAUAUACAACAGAACAGAUAGCACUGGUUGUAGUUUUUAUGCACUUUGCAGUAAAAGAUGCGAAAUUGAACGAUUCCAGGGGCCUUGUCCUACAACAACUCCUGUUUCAUUAAUCCCAUCAUCUACAAUCCCAAGUUUAUCAACUACAACAACUAUAUCUUCUUCAGUGCCAGCAACUCCAGAAACAUCUAAACCUACUCCAGUAUCAGGUUGCCCUAAUGCUGACCCACCAAGAAAGAGGAAUGAAUCCUGGAUGUUAAACAAUUGCACUAUGGCAACUUGUGAGGGAGACAACAGAAUUGUUCUAGUGCUGCCUCCAGCUGUAGAGACGAUUACUUGUGCAAGUGGACUCCCACCAAUAAAAGUCUAUGAUGAGGAUGGCUGCAACUACCACUAUGAGUGUGACUGUGUUUGCAGCGGCUGGAGCACUUCUCACUACUUGACUUUUGAUGGAACUCACUACACAUUCCAUGACAACUGCACAUAUGUGCUGAUGAAACAGAUUGUGCCCAAAUACAAUUUCAGCAUCCUUGUUGACAAUGACUUCUGUGAUGUGCCUGAUGGAUUCUCCUGCCCCAGAUCGAUCAUUGUAAAUUACAACUCCAUGGAAAUAGUGCUGAGCAGUCAGAUACACCAGGGAGAGAGAAAUAACACGAUUCUCAUCAACAAGGAGCCAAUCAGUGGAGGCUUCAGCAGAGAUGGCAUUUCAGUUGCCAAUGGUGGAACAGACAUGGUUGUUGAAAUCCCGGACAUCAAGUCUUACAUCUCCUUCAAUGGACUCACCUUCACAGUGAAAAUGCCAUUCAGUAUGUUUGGACACAACACUGAAGGCCAGUGUGGCACGUGUUCAAAUGACAAGGUGGACGAAUGCCGCAUGCCAAGUGGAGAAGUAAUUUCCUCUUGUUCAGAGAUGGCUGCCGCCUGGCAGGUUCAGGAUGAAAAUAAGCCCAGUUGUGAAGGGCCCCCGGCACCACCUGUCACGCCAACAACUCCACCUGUGCCCUGCAAUUCCACUUCUCCUCUUUGUGAGCUGAUUUUGAGCGAUCUCUUUGCAGAGUGUCAUAAAGUUCUGACUCCCAGCACAUUCUAUGAGAGUUGCAUCUUUGAUUCAUGCCACAUUACCAAUGAAUCUAUGCCAUGCUUCCAUGUGGAAACGUAUGCCUCCCUCUGCUCUGCUAAAGGUGUCUGUGCCGACUGGAGAAGCAAGACCCAAGGACAAUGCCCAUAUAACUGUCCUCAAGGCAAGGUGUAUGAUGCGUGUGGCCCUCUUAACCCUGUCACCUGUAAUUCCGGAACUGUUAACCACAUAAGUGAAUAUGUUGCUGAAGGAUGCUUCUGCCCCAGGGGUUCGAUUCUCUUCAAUUCGUACACUGACAUUUGUGUGUCAGAAUGCGCUUGCGUGGGACCAGAUGGAAUGCCUAAACUGCCUGGAGACAUUUGGAAGAGUAACUGCCAGGAUUGUGUCUGUGACCCAUUCUCUGUUACUGUACAAUGUAAGUCACUUACGUGUCAAACAUCCGAGACACGCGUGUGUGAGAAAGAAGGAUUCGUAUCGGUCCCAGUGUUGACACCAGAAGACCCUUGCUGUCCUGAAACUGAAUGCAGAUGCAAUACAAGUGCCUGUUCCCAGGCCAAGACGACUUGUGAGCCAGGAUAUCAGCUCAUCACAACCCUUUCAGAAGGAGACUGCUGUGUCAAUUAUACAUGUGAACCAAUACCAGAUGUCUGUGUGCUUAAUGGAACUAUUUACCAGCCUGGAAUGUCUGUUCCAAUGGACUCUUGUAAGACGUGUACCUGCAGUUCUGAAGCAGAUCCAGCCUCCAACAGAAACCUUCUGCAUUGUGAGCCAGUCCAGUGUGACACCACUUGCCCCCUGAGUUAUGAAUACACGAUGAAAGAUGGAGAGUGCUGCGGAGAGUGUGUCCAGGUGGCUUGCAUAAUCAAGCUGACUAACAAUACUGUCCAGGUGCUCAAGCCUGGUGAUACCUGGAAGCCUGAAGAUAAUCCAUGCAGCUAUUACAAAUGUGAAGAAGCUGAAGAUCAGCUUAUUUCAGUUACUGUUCUGAGAACAUGUCCUGUCUUUGACCCAGAGGACUGCGAGCCUGAUGAAGUACAGCUGACUCCUGAUGGCUGCUGCAAAACUUGUACCGCUAAAUGUAAGUAA